GCACUUGAGAGAAAAAUCCCCUCUUGAUAGAUAAAAGGGGCCACAACAAUACUCAAAGAUAUUUUGCAAUUAAAGACAUUUUAGUCGUAAGUUGCGUGUCUCACUGACAAGAUCGAAACUUUAAAUUAGGGAACGUUUUAAAUUUUAAAUCAUUUCAUAGUGAAUAAUUAAUAAGCUAAAAUAUGAGACUUACUCUAAUCUCUCUCUGUACUAUCUCAUCAAUUAUUCCUAUGUGCUGUGGUUCGUCGGAUGGAGCAACAGACGCCGAUAUUUUCACCAAAACCAACUCAAUACCACACCAAAGUCAUCCGAUUCUCAGGUAUUUCUAUGAUCCCCAACUGACCCUUGAGCAGAAGCUGGAGCUUGAGGAUGAGACAUGGCACUGGUAUCCAUGGAAGAGGAUUCAAUGGCGGUUGGGGGAGAAUGGGAGUGCAACGGAAGAGGAUUGCCAACGCCCAUCAUCCAUUGAUGAAUUUCCCACCGAUUUAUUUACGCAGAGCCAGAGACUACAAGGUGGUAUCUUACUCCAUUUCCUGGCAACUGUCUAUUUCUUCACAUUCCUCGCAGUCGUAGUCGAUGACUACUUCCUACCGUCUGUCGAGUGCAUUUGCGUCCAAUUGAAAAUAUCUAAAGAUGUUGCUGCUGCAACUUUCAUGGCAACAGCCACAACAAUGCCGGAAUUCUUUACAAACGUCUUGUCCACUUUCCUUACGAAAUCCGAUAUGGGCUUGGGCACAAUCAUUGGAUCUCUGCUAUUCAAUACUCUAGGUGUGGCAGCAUUAGCUGGGAUUGCAACUAAGAAGCAGGUACAACUUGAUUGGUGGCCACUAGUGAGGGAUUGUACGCUGUAUAUCUUCAAUAUAAGCCUUUUGACCAUAAUUGUGUGGGAUGGAGCGAUUUUUUGGACUGAGUCAUUAGUUCUUUUUAUCCUCUUCUUCGGAUACUUCGUCAUUCUGUUCCAAGACAAACGAAUAUCUGGUGUCGUCAAAUCAUUUGUAGAAGACAGAAUGAAUUGCUGCACCAGCAGAGCGUCCCAUGAUUUAGAACAAUCUACUACGAAUUCUACAAAGAAGAGUUCAAUAGAAAAAUAUUCAGGAAAAUUCGAAGGAUUGGAUGGAAUAAAGAUCUCGCAACUUCCAGCAAAGUCCCCGGAAGAAACUCAAGUCAGGGAGUCGACAUUGUGUAAGGCUCCACGUGGCAGUCAUCUUCAAACCCUCUGGUGGCUAUACACGUGGCCAAUAAACUUUGUAUUGAGCAUCCUUGUACCAAAUCCUCGGAUUCACCGCAAGUUCUACCCUAUUACAUUCCUUCUGUGUAUCUUUCUAAUUGGAGGCAAUUCGUACAUGAUCUAUUUUAUGAUUUCCAUCAUUGGGGAUACAUUCAGCAUCCCGGAAUCUGUGAUGGGGCUCACAUUUGUUGCUGCCGGAGGGUGCCUACCGGAGGCCAUUUCGUGCAUCAUUACAAUUCGCAGUGGAGAAGGCGGAAUGGGGGUGUCGAAUGCUCUGGGAGCCAAUUCCCUGGCAAUUCUUCUCUCACUGGGUCUACCAUGGUUCAUCCGGAACACAAUUGGACGCAAGCAAGAUUUAGGAACGUACAUAAACAUUCACUCAUAUGGAAUCGAAAUCACAAUACUAUCGCUAGUUCUAGCCGUAGGGGUGCUCUUUGUCGUUAUAAGUUUAGGUCAUUAUGAACUCAAGCGUUCUGUCGGUUUUAUCCUCCUCUCCAUCUAUCUCUGUUUCAUUACAUUUGCCAUUCUCGUUGAAAUGGAUAUUUUCUUCCCCUCUGGCAAUAAUUGCUGAAUUAUUCUUCAUAUUGAUUUUACGCGAAUAUCAUUUUGCGACAUAUCAUUAGUUCAUAUACAAGGUAUGUACUCCGAAAAAUCCACUCUCAUUCGCAAUAUUGUAAUUUUUUUAUUAGAAAUAGAAAUAAAGAAAUUUUGUAAGAGGUAA